AUGAAUAACAGAGAAUUAAAAAAAGAUGCAAGAAUACGAGGUUCAGGUCAACGAAAUAUACAAUCAUCUCAAUUAAAUAUCAAUCAAGAACCAAUAUCUGAUAGGAAAAUCAAAAAAGAUUCACGAAUUCGAGGUUCAGGUUCAAGAAAUGUAAAAGUAAAUCAUUUAAAUAUUGAUCCAUCAGAAAACAAACGAUUAGUGUCUCAACUUUCAUCAGCUUUAAUUAAAGAUGGAGAUUUAGAAUUAUCACGAUCAAGUAGAAGAAAAUCAUCUAUACUACCUUAUAAAAUUAUUGAACGACCGAAAAUAUCUCGGAAAUCAACUACAAAACGAGUUAGUUUCAAAGAAAAUGAACAACAACCACCACCACCACCACCACCACCACCACCACAACAACAACAACAACAAGAAUCGGAUCAAAUAUCAAAUUUGCAAAAUUUCAAUGAUCAAGAAAAUUUCGACUAUUCACAAUCAAAUAUAACUGAAGAUUCACUUAUACCGUCAAUUGAAUCACAAAUUGGAAAACCGAAAAAAAGAAAACCUUCACGUGGGAAGAUAUCAAAAAAUGCCACUGACAGUAAUGACAGUUUAUCAACGGGAUCGAUUUUGAAAAACACCAAUAAACUAAAUUCCAAAUCCCCCAAACCAAAAUCUAAAAUAGACACACAUUCAAACUUAAUUAAAAGACAUUCUGUAUCUAAAUCAAUUUCUGGUGAUAAUCCAAGAAGAAGUUCCAUAAUGGAAACAAGUCUUUUUGGUGAUACUGAAAGUGAAGAUUCAAGAGUCAAAACAAUAUCCAAUGCAUCUAAAAAAAUAUCAUCUGGUUUGAAAAAAUCAUCAAACUCUGUUGAAUCUUCACUUAUUUCAGAAUCAUUAACCAAAGAAGUAGAAUCAUUCCAACCAUCACCCAUAAUUUCAAAACAACCUAAUGUUGACAUAGCGUCAAGUGAAGAAUCUGAAGUAGACUCGGAGGUGGAGGAUGAUGAUGAUGAUGAUGAUGAUGAUGAUGACGACGACGACAUUGGAAACAGAAAUGAUGGUGCUUAUUAUGAUCCAGAUUAUGGCAAACCAAUCAUAUCACGUAGAAAAAGAUUACCUAUCAUUUCAUCUCGAAAGAAACGGGUGCUACCAUUAUUUGAUAAUGAUAAUACUAAUGUUAAUGGUGGGAAAAUUAGGAAAACAUUAACAAUUGAUUAUCCAAGUCUUGUGAAUGCAGCAAAUACUCGAGGUCGAGUACAACGAGCAAGAAUGUUAGAUGUUUUACGAUAUUUGGUGUCUUCAUUUGAUCCUGAAGUUCCUGAUAAUAGAUUACAUUUACAUCAACGGUUUCAAAAACAUUUACUUGCUAGUAUUGAUAAUAUUAGAGAUGCAGCAACUUCAGUAGAAGAUGUGGCGAAAAAUAUUGCUUCAGUUCAAAAAGCGAAAAAACAAUUGAGACAAAUGAUAUUGGAUUUAAGAAAAGAUCAUACUGAUAUAGGUAAUCAAUUGAAUGAAUUACGUCUUCAAGUAACAAAUAAAAAGAAAGAAACCGAAAGUUUGAAUAUGAUACAUAAUCAAUUACAAGAAGUUAAAACUUACAUUGAAACCCCAGAUAAUAACAAUAAUGUUAAAAUCAAUGGAAAUUUAAGUGCUACUGUCCAUAUGCAACUUUCAUCAUUGCAAAAAAUUGCCAAUCAAACUUCAGGAUUACGUCCUACACUUGAACGAAUAAACAAUAAAUUAGAAACUUUGGAUAAUAGUAUAUAA